CUCUCUCUCUCGGUCAAGAGUCAGUCCAGUGCCAGUUUUUGGUCUUAAUUUUUUAUCUUUUUCUUCUUUCUCAAACCCUUUUCUUCGUUUUUUAUUUCUUUGCCUUUUCUAAUGUUUAAUUGAAAAAAACUGUCUUUCCUCAUAUUCUUCAAAAAAAUUAGUUUUUUUUUUGGAUGUCAGGUAAGAGAAGAGAUACUAGCUGUAACGCUUUAUACUAACUCUUGCAAUUAAUUUUGCGGCUCAAAUGUGUAGAGGGUUAUCAACAAAAUCCAUAGGAAUUAACUGGUUUCUCCUCGUAUGUCUCAAAAGCUAAUCACUCUUCGUCUUCUCUUUAAUGCUGGGAUCUGAAACUCCCACUUGUUCAAGUUUUUUACUCUAAAUGUCGCUCUGAACUUCGGGAAUUACCAUGUUUUGAACCCAAUGCUGGUCGCUGAGAGCUCAAUGGAGCUCUAAUGGUUGCUCUUGAGCUCAUCCCUUGGCUCCUCUUUCGUUCCCAGGAGAAAAGUGAGGCCUGUGGAUCUAACAUUCUGCUUAUCUGACUUCAUAUUCUUUGGCAAAUAAGUCCCCAUGAAGUUCAAUUACACUGCAGUGCUUUCUUUCCUUGUUUAUAUUUUCAUUGUUCUUCCUUUGGCUAUUGCUGAUCUUAACUCUGAUAAGCAAGCCCUUCUAAAGUUUGCCGCUGCUGUUCCUCAUCGUCGGAACUUCAGUUGGAACCUUACUAAUCCUGUCUGCACGUCAUGGAUUGGGGUCACUUGCACCAAAGAUGGGACACGUGUGUUUGCCCUCCGGCUUCCUGGAGUUGGUCUUGUUGGUUCCAUCCCACCCAACACCAUUGGUAAGCUAGAUGCCCUCAGUGUUCUCAGCCUUCGGUCAAAUCUUCUCAGUGGUAUUCUUCCUUCUGAUAUUACCUCCCUUCCUUCACUCAACUACCUCUAUCUCCAACACAAUAACUUCACUGGUGAGAUUCCUGCUUCAUUGUCCCCCCAACUCAAUGUCUUGGACCUAUCUGUUAAUUCCUUCACGGGUGAAAUUCCCCAAACAAUACAGAAUUUGACUCAACUGACAGGAUUGAACCUCCAGAACAACACAUUAUCUGGACCCAUACCUGAUCUCAACCUAACUGGGCUCAAGCAUUUAAACUUGAGCUACAAUAACCUUAAUGGAUCUAUCCCAUCGUCUCUUAAAGAGUUCCCGAAUUCAUCAUUUCUUGGAAAUUCUCUUUUGUGUGGACCUCCUCUUGAAACUUGCUCCUCCAUCCUUCCUCCCCCUCCAUCUUACCCUCCACUACCGGCUAUUCCUAUGAAAAAACAGAGCUCUAAAAAAAAACUGCCAAUGUGGGCUAUUAUUUCCAUUGCUGUUGGAGGAUCUGUGCUGCUGUUUCUUUUAGCUUUAGUUAUUGGUCUUUGGUGUUGCAAGAAAAAGGAUGAUGGAGGUGCGAGGGCACUCAAAGGAAAGGCAGCUAGUGUUGGGAGGACUGAGAAGCCUAGGGAAGAGUUCGGGAGUGGGGUGCAGGAACCUGAAAAGAACAAGCUGGUGUUCUUUGAAGGUUCUUCUUACAACUUUGAUCUUGAAGAUUUGUUGAGAGCUUCAGCUGAAGUACUGGGAAAGGGCAGUUAUGGUACGGCAUACAAGGCUAUAUUAGAGGAGGCAACAACAGUGGUGGUAAAAAGGUUGAAGGAAGUGGUUGUUGGGAAGAGGGACUUUGAACAGCAAAUGGAUACCGUGGGAAGAGUUGGACAACAUCCAAAUGUAAUGCCACUACGUGCAUAUUAUUAUUCAAAGGACGAGAAGCUCCUGGUAUAUGACUUCGUAUCACAUGGAAGUUUAGCUGCUCUCUUGCAUGGAAACAGAGGAGCUGGGAGAACUCCAUUAGACUGGGAAUCCAGAGUAAAGAUUGCACUUGGAACCGCAAAGGGAAUCGCUCACAUUCACUCUAUGGGUGGUCCAAAGUUCACUCAUGGGAAUAUCAAAGCCUCAAAUGUCCUCCUCAACCAAGAUUUUGAUGGAUCUAUCUCUGAUUUUGGCCUGACUCCUCUUAUGAAUGUCCAUGCCAAUCCUUCUAGGGGUGCAGGGUACCGUGCUCCUGAAGUAAUUGAAACCCGUAAAUAUACCCACAAAUCUGACGUAUAUAGCUUUGGCGUUCUCUUACUAGAAAUGUUAACUGGAAAAGCUCCACUUCAAUCACCCGGUCGUGAUGACAUGGUUGAUCUCCCAAGGUGGGUCCACUCCGUCGUAAGGGAGGAAUGGACGGCAGAGGUAUUUGAUGUUGAGCUAAUGAGGUACCAAAAUAUUGAAGAAGAAAUGGUGCAGAUGUUGCAAAUUGCAAUGGCCUGUGUGACAAAGGUUCCAGAUAUGCGGCCUAGCAUGGAUGAAGUUGUUAGAAUGAUCGAAGACAUCCGGCAAUCUGACUCAGAGAACCGGCCCUCAUCGGAAGAGAACAAAUCCAAGGACUCAAAUGUGCAGACUCCCUGAUUGCUUGCUGUAACUUCUUGUUUCUACUUAUCAUGAGCAUGAAGUAUUUUUCAUCUCACUACAGAGGGAACUGAGAUUGAAAUAUCAUUCUAUUUUUAACAUGUCUAGGAAAGCUUUUUCCAAGCAUAAUUUAAAACUUAUUUUACAUUCUUGUGUUGCUUGAUAUAGUGUAUCUUGUCCAAUUUUUCCACUAUCUUAGGAGAUUUAGUGCCACCAGUUAUAUUAUUAUUAUUUUUUUCAUUGAUUAGUUAAUGAGUUUUUCAUUUCAUGAUUUGAUGAUGUAAUCUGCACAUAACGAAUUAAUUGAAGGUCUUCUCUUAAUCAGGGACUUCCAUUAUUGUCCCUUUAA